UCACUCCAGGAUUACAGCUUGAGGAAGAUUUACUGACACAAACAAGGUGCACACUUCUUCCAAUCUGAGAACCCUCUCUGCAUGAAAACAUUCAUAGAAGAACACUUGAUGGUCACUACACUGGAAACCUGGACAAACAAUGUCAAGGAAUGAGCUUCCAGGGUGGGAAUGCUGGUCCUUGCUCCCAUGUAGGAAUGCUUUAACUAGAAGAUGAGGAUAUGCUGACCCGUGUUACAAAGAAACCUGUCUGAAGAGCCCAGCAGAGUGGGGAGGAAGAAGGUGGAUUCUCGUGGUGUGGAUGGGCCAGGACAGCCGGACCCAAAUGUACAACUCAGGGAUGAACAUCAGCUCUGCGAUGGCACCACAGUCUCCAGGACACAGUGGAACUCCACCACUGUCCUCUCUGUCUCCUAAGAAGACCACCUUUCAGUCCUUGGGAUCUCUGUCAUCAGGAGUGUUUUCACCGUCUCCGGCUAAAGCCUCCACUCAUCAGGCAAACCCUGGCUCCAGCCGACUGAAUUCCCCCACUCCAUCUAUUAUGAGCUCCCCAAAACUUUGGCAGAAAGCAUCCGUUUCCCGACUCGCAGAGGAAUUCUUCUGGAUUGGUGGAAGUGUGGUUGCACAGCCAAAAUGGAGACUGGGUCAGAUAGUGGAGAGGUGUAUGUGCACCAUGCAAACUGGCACUCAGUUAACCAAAAUGAAGGGGAAGAAGAAAGGACUGGUGCGCUUCUUUUACCUGGACGAGCACAAGUCCUGCAUCCGCUGGCGACCCUCCAGAAAACAUGACAAGGCCAAAAUAACUAUUGAUUCCAUUCGUGAGGUGUGCGAGGGGAAAAAGUCAGAGGUCUUCAGGCGUUACGCAGACAACCGUUUCGACCCAAACUGCUGCUUCAGUAUUUACUACGGGGACCGCGUGAAGUCCCUGGACCUGGUCUCCACCAACGCGGAGGAGACCCGCACUUGGAUCACCGGGCUGAAAUACCUCAUGGCUGGUAUCAGUGAUGAAGAUAGUUUGGCUCGGAGGCAGCGCACCCGUGAUCAGUGGUUACAGCAGACUUUCUCUGAGGCAGAUAAAAAUGGAGAUGGGACCCUGAGCAUCGGAGAAGUUCACCAGCUGCUCCACAAGCUCAAUGUGAAUUUACCCAAGCAGAAAGUCAGGGAGAUGUUUCAGGAAGCAGACACGGACGAGAACCAGGGCUCUCUCGGCUUUGAUGAAUUUUGCUCAUUCUACAAGAUGAUUUCCACACGCAGAGACCUCUACCUGAUUCUGAUCUCCUACAGCAAUCAGAAAGAAGUCCUGGACCUCCAUGACCUUGCACGCUUUCUGGAAAAUGAACAGAAGAUGCGAGGCCUGAACAGAGAGCAUCUAGUGGACAUAGUGGCCAAGUUUGAGCCGUGUCCUGAGAACCUCCAGCGUAUGGUACUGGGUAUUGAUGGUUUCACCAACUACAUGCGGAGUCCUGCAGGCGAUAUCUUCAACCCCGAGCACAAUCAGGUAAACCAGGACAUGACGCAGCCUCUAACCAGCUACUUCAUUGCCACGUCUCACAACACCUACCUGACAGGAGACCAGCUGCUCUCUCAGUCUAGAGUGGAAAUGUAUGCCUACGUCCUGCAGGCAGGCUGUCGCUGUGUGGAGGUGGACUGCUGGGAUGGACCAGAUGGAGAGCCCAUUGUCCAUCAUGGUUACACCUUGACAUCCAAAAUUCUCUUCAAAGAUGUAAUUGAAACAAUAAACAAAUAUGCCUUCACAAAAUCACAGUAUCCCGUGAUCCUGUCCAUAGAGAACCACUGCACUGUGCCUCAGCAGAAAAAGAUGGCUAAAUAUCUGAGAGAGGUGCUGCAGGACAAACUGGAUCUGAGCAAUGUCAGCGUGCAUGAAUGCAAAAAGCUGCCAUCCCCUGAGAUCCUGAAAGGAAAGAUUUUGGUCAAGGGGAAGAAGCUGCCAGCAAACCUUGAUCCUGACGUGGAGGAGGGUGAUGUGUCUGAUGAAGACACUGGAAAUGAGGAAGAAGAGGACGAUGAUGACGAUGAUAACCCACAGGAUGGGAAUAGCGUUAACUCUACUAAUCAGCCUAAGAAGAAGAGACGAUUUGGGAGAUCAAUCAUGAGAAGCUUCAAAAGAAAGAGAAAAAAGAGAAUACGAGUGAAAAACAAGGCCGUGUCUGAUGGUGAAUCAGACUACAGCAGCAGCAGGGAGAGGACACAAAUUGUUUACCAUCCCAAAAAAAGGAAAACAAUGAGGCUCUCCCGAGCUCUUUCUGAUCUGGUCAAGUACACAAAAUCUGUCCGUGUGCAUGACAUAGAAACACAAGCAUUCAUGAGCAGUUGGCAGGUAUCGUCCCUGGAUGAGACAGUAAUGAACCAGAUCUUACAGCUUAAACCGGGUGAGCUGGUGCGUUUCAACCAGCGCCAGCUUCUCAGAGUCUACCCGUCCAACUACAGAGUGGACUCAAGCAACUUCAACCCACAACCAUACUGGAACUCAGGAUGCCAUAUGGUUGCCAUGAAUUAUCAAACAGAAGGUCGCAUGCUCGAACUGAACCAAGCGAAGUUCUCGAGCAAUGGAAACUGUGGAUAUAUUCUGAAGCCCAAGUGCAUGUGUAAAGGUGCCUUUAACCCAGUGUUGGAGGAGCCCCUGCCAGGACACAGAAAAACUCAGUUAGUGCUGAAGAUCAUUAGUGGACAGCAACUUCCCAAACCCAAAGACUCCAUGUUUGGGGACAGAGGAGAGAUAAUUGAUCCCUUUGUUGAAGUCGAGAUCAUCGGCCUACCUGUUGACUGCUCCAAGCAGCAGACUAGAGUAGUGCAUGAUAACGGUUUCAACCCAAUGUGGGAGGAAACCCUCGUCUUCAACAUUCAAAUGCCUCAGAUCGCCCUGGUGCGAUUCCAGGUGUGGGAUCACGAUCCCAUUGGGAGAGACUUCAUUGGACAGAGGACUGUUGCUUUCACCAGCAUGAUGCCAGGUUACCGCCAUGUCUACCUGGAGGAAAUGGCAGAAUCAUCGAUCUUUGUUCAUGUCGCUAUUAUUGACAUGGCAGGAAAGAUCAAACCAGCAAAUGCUGUGCAAGCAGCGAGGAAACACAUCCAAAAAGCAGCCCAGAAGCAUAUGAAGGGCCAUCAGAGGCAGCCAUCUCUAGAUUUUUCUGUCCAGUCUUCAGAAGAUGGACGCGCUUUGUACUUCCGCAAGGAUCCGGACACCAUCUCUCAGGACAGCAGAAGUGGGGAAACAUCUUAUGUGGUUCAAGGGCCCGCAGCCAAGGCUUCCAUCCACAAAGGGGCCAUGAGUGAACCUGUCAGGCGAGCUCACAGAGUUAAAAUUCUUGAACCACAAGAGACAAAGAGAGGGAUCUUUAGCCGGAUGUCUUCCACUGACUCCCAGCACACUGGGGUUGCUCCCUGCGUGAUAGCUGAAAGCUUUGACCUUGAGACCUCUUCCCAGACUUCUUCUCCUGACAGUCAAAAUCCAGACAGCCAAAAUCCAAUAAUUCAAGAGGAGCUGGAAAAUGACCCCAGUGAAUUACAACAGUCCAACUGUGCUGGGCAGCAGAUAGAGUCAGAGCAGCCUGAACCACCUGAGGAAUUACCACCAGAAUCAAAACCAGGCAAUGACAUUGUCACAGAGUCUGAGCCACUGCCAGAAGCUCAGAGUCAGACCGACACAGUCCCUCAGCCUCCGCUCGUGCCACAGUCAGAAGCCAAACCUUCUCCACUUGUCCCUCCAUCGUCCCCUGCAAGGGUUAGACGGACUUUAGAAGCUCCCGUGACCCCCUGGCAUUCCACCCCAAUAAGGACAAAGGGCCGCUCACGCAGUUGCCCUCGAAAGCAGAGUACCUCUGCUCAGACACCGAUGCUGAACCGAAAGCCUACUUUCCACUGUCAGACGCGCGGAGCUCAAAACUACGGCAGCUACGGCAGCUACGGCAACCCAGUGAGACGCAUACCCAACGGUCUCUGCCUGUUGGACACAACGUCCAGCAGCAGCAGCGACAGCAGCACUGACAGCCUGGACUUUGUGCCCCCCCCCUCAUCAGCUGGGUCAGAGCAACACGAAGGGACACUGCAGAGAGAGAUGAAGGCGCUCUUUGACCAGAAGAUGAGAGAGAUCCGCUGUAAAUCACCGCUUUUUCUAGAUGAUUUGUGACAGGAAGAGAUCAGGGUCCUCCUGAAAAGAAAAAAGGAUCAACAACGAGAAAGAAGAGGAAUGAUGGUGAUGGUGGUGUGCCAGUCAGAUAUGUAGCUUUUCUUUCUAGAAUGAUGGACGACGCAAAGCAUUAGAACACUGUUAGAUGUUUUUUUAUUUCUUUUCUAAUCCUGCUGAAAUGUUUACAACCAUCCCAGUUCUUAUGCAUGAAGUAGUUUUUAAAAAGAAAUUGCUGAAGUCACAUGAUGCCACUGCCAAGUGUACAAAAUACAUGAUGCAGAGUUGCAAGCAGUAAACCUAGAAAGUAAACAUAUGUGCACAGUUUGUUAGCAAAAUGUUGAGUUUACAAGUGUAAACUGAAAUUAAAAAUGUUUUUUUUA